AGUGAAAGUGCUACAGGCAGUUUUUAAGAACGACCGCAGUCCAGAAACGCCGGCUCAGUUCACUCACAUUGACGAAACCAGUCGACCAGUAUACAACACUCUUGUAAAUUAUUAUUAUAUUAAAGAUUUGAAAAAUAACGUUAAUUGUUUUUUUUAAUUGUUCUAUUUAUGACAUAUUUAACACUCCAGAAAUUAUUGUUAUUAUAUUUUUUUGUUGACAAUUUGUGCAAUAAUUAACUUAAGUAAUUAUCUAAACAUAUAUAAUCGUUUUGUGACAAGUAGAGAAUUAAAAUAAAAUAAAAACCGCUUUAAUCUUGUUGACUCUUAUGUAAAAUGACCGUUGGCGGCAAUGGUCUCUGCAUACUUGGUGCUCGGUCUGAUGAUCGUGUCGCUAGGACAAAUUUCGAAUGCGAUAGUAAUCAAAGGUCGGCGGCUGCAAAGGUCGCCAGACUUAGCAGAAGACAUGGCAGCAGUUUUUGGCCCUUCAGCACCAGAGGGCGACGAUUGGAAGCAACUACACUUCAACGAAAUACCACCUGUGCUACCCGAAAGCUACCCACAGAACAACCAGGAUUACUAUUCCAAUAUUUACAUGGAGAAAAUGGUUCGUCGAUGGGCACCACUUGUUUGGUUAGCACCCGACGAAAAAUUCAUGCCAGCGUCUGUUACGGACUUUCUGAGUCACGUGACACCCAAACCAAAAUCGUCUAUAGAUCUAAUGAACUCAAAACUUCCAAUGGGUCUCAAUUCUCAGACAUGGUAUUUGGUGACCAAGACCGAAGUCGAAAAUUUGCUACAAAACAAUACAUCAGUACUAUAUGGACAAAACCCAAGUACAGCAAUGGUACCUGUCUAUGCAAGAGUCACAGAAUGCGGCCACAAGAAAUUCCACGUAUCUUACUGGCUCUUCUUUCCGUUUAGUCAAGGCAAACCUAUCUGUACUCUUGAUAUCGGUGUUCUCGGUCCACUUCCUUUGCCACUCAUUAAUAAUCAGUGUUUUGGUACUUUAAAAGACUUUGGAAGUCACGUUGGUGACUGGGAGCACAUGAGUCUUAUGUUCAAUGGCAGUGAAGUACCACAAAAAAUGUAUGUAUCUGUACAUGAUGCUGGCGCAUUUUAUAAUUUUGAUAGUAACCGUCAAAAAUUUAUAUUCAAUCGACAAGAAGUGCGUAAAGGAUUCAUGCAAAAGCCUAAGUUUCCGGAAGUAGUGCAUCUCACAAAAAAAGGUUCUCAUCCUGUGCUUUUCGCGGCAAAGGGAUCACAUGGUCUAUGGACGGCACCCGGAAAACAUAAGUACGUCAGGUUACCAAGAUUAUAUGACGAUAGUGGGUUUGGUUUACCAUGGAGAACUUGGAUGAACGUAGAAAUGUUAAAUACGUCUAAUAAACUUCCUCUGUGGAUGCACUACUAUGGAAGAUGGGGAAAUCCGCAUAACAAAUGCCAUCCUCUGUCCCGAAUGGGUCUUCAAAUAUGUCAAUUUACUGAUGGUCCAACCGGUAUACCGAUGAAACCAUAUGAUUUUCAAUGUUAAAAUAUAUUUUAUCAUGUACAAUAUCAAUUAUAUUUUAAACAUACUGUUGUAAGAGAAAUUUAUAAGACCUAUGUGAUAAAUAUUAACUAUAUUCAUAAUAACUUUCGAGAGGAAAACGUGUUCUUGAUCAUAUAGUAUGUCUUUGUUGUAUUUUAUUGUAACUUUUAAUGUUGUUGAUAUUAUAGUAUAUGUAUAUUAUUAUCGUUAUUAAAAAUCUUACUUUAUGUUCAUCACUACGACCAUAUUAUGCAAGGGCUGUUCUGAGAGAAAGUAGAACUUCUCAUGUUUAAGUUAAUUGUAUAAAUAAUUUUUUUAACGCUAUAACGCCGAUUCUAAUUAAUGUCAUUAUUCAUUUUUUACUUAAUAAACUAAUUAAUAAUACUGUAUCACAUACAAAAUUAUUUAAGAAGAGAUAAGGUGACCCU